UUUCAGUUCCCCUUGAUGAAAUGGAUGAAAAGGGACUGUAGAGAAAAAGGGAACAAACAAUAUAAAAGCAGAAGUAGAGUUGCUAGAAGACUGCAGAAGGCUGACUGGCUGGAAUACCAACAAGACACAAUCAAACACGGGUGGACAGAGUCGAGCACAAGACAACAAAGGACAAUGUCUUACGGGGACAUCAUGAAAGCUGACACAACUGGUGCGGGACCAGAAACAUCUCGGCAGGACAAGUUGAGUGUCACAGGUGUGGCGGCGUCUCACGCCAUGGCACACACAGAUCUGUCCAGUAUGAACCAGUACAAGUCCAUCAUUACCCAAGUGGGAAAUGAAAAGGGAAUUGCUCCUGCUCUCAUUGCUGGCAUCAUCUCCAGAGAAUCCAGGGCUGGGAACGCACUGAACAAUGGCUGGGGUGACCAUGGCAAUGCCUGGGGUCUCAUGCAGGUUGAUAAGCGGUAUCACACACCUCAAGGUGGAUGGAACAGUAAGGAACAUCUGUCUCAGGGCACAGAUAUCUUGAUUGGAUUUAUAUUAGCAAUCAGAAGCAAGUUUCCUAACUGGACCGCAGAGCAGCAACUCAAAGGUGGGAUAGCCGCCUACAACUUCGGGGUCAAAAAUGUGCAAACUUUGGAUGGAAUGGAUAUUGGCACCACUGGUAACGACUAUUCCAGUGACGUUGUUGCCAGAUCUCAGUGGUACAAAACAGACGGAGGCUUUUAGGGGUGAAAACAAUGCAAUGAAGAAAGCGCUCGUCAACACGCAAUAAAAAUGAUGCAAAAUAUAACCAGCUCUGCUCUGUGUACUGUACAUGCCUGCUCCUCACAGACACACUUAAUCCAACUUAAGUGUCCUGGUUGAUGUUAAAGAUAAAUAUACUGUACAUAUAUCGUAUUUUACGGAAUAUAAGACGCCCUUAAAAUUAUAUAAUUUUCUCAGAAAUCAACCUUGCGCCUUACAACCUAAUGUACAUAAUAUUUCUGGUUGUGCUUAUUUUAUUUUGUACAUGGUGUAAUGAAAAAUGUGACCAAUAGAUGGCAGUCACACAUAGUACGUAUGGGCAGCAGGUUGAUGCCUAUUCAAUAAAUGACACUAUCAAAACCCAUAA